AAUAUAACAGAAACAUUUACUGCUGCUCGGGGGUGAACAGGGGGAAGGUAUGGUGCGGAACCAACACGUCGGAACCAUAAAGAGAGAGCAAAUGUUUCUAAUCAGCGAGGAGGGACGGGAGGAAGAUGACGGACUGAAGUAGGAGGUUAUGGCGGUGUGUUUGGCUUGAAGGAGAUCUGAGCGCUGAAGGGUGACAUAUUACAGUUAUUACACUGAUGUUCUGGACGGAGAGGACUGACUUCAAACCACACAAGAGGGCACGUGUUAAUCCGGUGUGACAAUGAAGGAAUGAUAUUUUACCAUGAAGGUCACCAGGCUUCUCUUACGAGCCCAGCACAUUGGCUGGAUCACUCCUUUCUUUAAGACGCCUAUCAAGCCCAGCUGUCUUCAUACAGCUCUCCUGCAGUCCCCAGUACCACGACUCUGCUGUGGUCAAGGGCUGAGGUGGAUUCAUUGUGGUUCAUCAGUUUACAAGAACAAGCCAGACAGUGCAGAUCUUCGAGAAAUAUUUGAGCAUGAGACUGAGAAAAAGGACAAGUCAUUGGUCACACACGAUGACCUGUUUGCACAGGCUGCUAAGGAUGCAAAGACCAAAGCUAAUUUCAAUAGAGUAGUCGAUGUCUUCAACAAGAAGGACAUCCGGCGGCGUGGACAUGUGGAGUUUAUAUACGCUGCUCUGAAGAAAAUGCCAGAAUUUGGAGUAGAACGGGACAUUGCUGUCUACAACAAACUCCUGGAUGUGUUUCCCAAAGAGGUUUUUGUGCCGCGGAACUUUAUUCAGAGGAUGUUCAAUCACUAUCCCCGGCAGCAGGAGUGUGGAGUGCAGGUGUUAGAGCAGAUGGAAAAUUACGGAAUCAUGCCUAAUGUGGAAACAAAGGUCCUCCUUGUUCAGAUCUUUGGAGAAAAGAGCCACCCUAUGAGAAAGUACCAGCGUAUGAUGUAUUGGUUUCCCAAGUUCAAGAAUGCAAACCCAUUCCCAGUGCCCUACGAGCUGCCGCAAGACCCUGUCGACCUUGCACGCUUCAGUCUCACCCGAAUCACUAAUGACCUGGAUGCUGAAAUUAGUGUUUAUCAGCUUCCAUUAACAGACAUCACAGAGACAGGAGAGGAAAUCACUCAACCUCAUAUUGUAGGAAUCCAAAGCCCGGAGCAGCGCUCUCUGCUUGCCAAGCAUAACCCAAACAGACCUGUGUUUGUGGAGGGCCCCUUUCCUCUCUGGCUCAGGAAGACGUGUGUUCAUUAUUAUCUGCUCAGGGCUGACCCUGUCCCUCCUGAGGAGAAGAUAGAGGAGGAGCCUGAUCCUGAACUGAUUGGUCCAGAGCAGAGCUUCUUUUACCCUCAGCGUAUUGACCUUGACCUUAACAGAGACUUGGGGGAUGAUGACAGCUUUGAUGUGGAUGAUGUUGAGGAAGGUCCCAUCUAUGCCAUGUGUAUGGCAGGUCAAAGUGACCAAGCUACCCUUGCCCGAUGGAUCUGCGGCCUGCAGGAGACCAACCCUGUCUUGGGUCAGAUCCCCACCGUGUUUCGCCUGGAGUCCGGGACCAGAGAGCUCCAGACGGCUGCAGAUGUGCAGCACAGCCCUGAGCAAAAUGCAGAACCAGGAACAGAACAUGAGCACUUCAUAGAGGAGGAAACGCUGCGCUCACAGGGGAUAAAACAGUGAGUGGACGGUAGUGAGACUCUUCUCAAACUGCAAUGGUAAUAAAGAUAUUUGUGUAGAUGCGUCUUCUGUUAACAAAGUGUUUGAUUUCUGUUUUUUUUUCCCUGAGGUUAUAACUUGUUGAUUAAAUACAGGAAGCUUAUUUAACCUAAAACAAGACCGUUGAUGCUGGCUAAAACACAAAUAAAAAAUACAGCAUA